CGAAAGAUAAAUAUAGCUCCUGUUGAUAUAUAUCGGUGUGCCAACCGUAGUUGUUUGCACAUCUUCAGUGUUUUUUCUCUUUUUAUGCGGAUUAGAUGAUUUAUUGAUGCAUAACUCGUUGAGUUAUUAAGUUAAGGUUAUAACUACUGUUUAUAACUGGUUUCUAAUAGAUAUCAACAGCCAUUGAGGAAAAUCAGAGUCGUUUUCAAGUAUUGGCGAAUGUCUUCACGUCUUGUUCUCUGCAAUCAUAUGUUCUCUACUUACCUGUACAGUUGACAUUUCAACUUUAACAUUAUUUACAUUAAGGGGGGAGAUACGGCACUCCACAAAAAUGUCUGAAGAAUGGAGAACAUCGACAUUCCGUCAAAGCAUGAUACACAAAAUAGAAGAGCAAAUCCAACAGUUUCAAAUUCCAAUGGCUAAAAAUGUUACGGAAAUGGAAAGUCAUGUUUAUAGCAAAUCAACAUCUAAAGAAGAUUAUCUGAAUUACAUAGCCAAGUUGCUGAUGUACAUCAAAAAUUAUACAAAAAAAUCUACUGGUACUAUGGGAAUGCAAGGAGCUAAUAAUCCAAAUGCGGCACAAAAGGGCAUGCAGGGUGGUCCAAUUAGGGCUUUACAGUCACUUGCCAUGCAAGGCAGCGGUAACAACGCUAAUAAUAUGGGAAUGCAAGGUCCAGUCCAAAAUCAACCAAACAUGGGUCAGCAAGUAGGCCCCAGUGGGGGUAUUGCGACAAAUUUACUACAAAGUUUAACGCAACCACGUCAAGGACAGCCAAUGACCAUGCAGCAGGCAAUGCACAAUAAAAUGUCUGGAAUGAACAUGAUGCAAGGCCAACAAAUGGGAAUGAACCAUAUGGGUCAAAUGCAGAACAUGCAGGGGAAUCCAAUGAUAAAUCAGAUUAAUCAGAUGAAUUCGAAUAGCAUGCCUCCUCAGAUGGGACCUCAGACAAAUCAGGGUCAACAAAUUGGUGGGCCUCCCAUGGGGCCUAAUCAAAUACAACAAGCUAUGCAGAAUCAGAUGCAAAAUCAAAUGCAAAAUCAUCAAAUGGGAGGUACAAUGAACCCUGGAAUCCAGUCUACAAUGCAGCCUCAACAGUCGCCAUCUCAGCAACAACAUAUGAAUACUGCACAAAUGAACGUUAAUCCAAUGGCGCAACAACUCAACCACAUGCAACGUAAGACGAAUGAGAUGAUGACUCCUGCGUAUACAGGACAAAGAAAUAUGACGCCAAAUCAAUUCCUAUCCCAAAGCCCAUCGCCGUCUGCUCCAAGUCCUAGUGGUUUAGGUGCUCCAGGCAGUAAUCAAAUGGUUCCAUCUCCUGCACUGGUACCUUCACCAAAUCCACAGCACACUAUGCUUGGAAGUCAAAGAUCAAUGGCAAUGGCACCUUCACCUAGUACCUCAUUAAAUACUCCAGCUGGAAUGAUUGGUGGUGCAGUUCCAAGUCCUCUGCAAGAUGACCAAAUUUCACAAGCUUGCAAGGAAAAAAUUCAAAAGCUCCGUAAAUUUAUAGAUCCUUUGAACAAGAUGAUCAUCAAACUGACCAAUGAAGGGUAUACAGAAAAAAUAAGCAAAGUAAAGAAGCUUUUGGAGAUCUUAACCAAUCCCAGCUCAGUUACCAAGCUAGAUGUUUUACAGAAGUGUGAGGUUGUUCUCGAAAAAAUGGAACUUAAAAAAUAUGAAGCAACCACGGGUCCCCAAAUACCUUCCAGUUUAAAGGAGCAUUAUUUUCUCACUCCUUUACUUGAAGUUGUUAACACUAUUUUGCAAAAUCCUGUAGCCAAUCACACACUUCAUAGAACAUUUAGUCCAUGUGUCGAAGCCCUAUUUGGACCAGAGAUCAAGGACCUUCCUCCAAAGCCCAAGAGGAGAAAAGUCGAAGAACCUACCAGUGAAAUACCAGAUGUACUUCAAGGAGAAAUUGCUCGUCUUGACCAAAGAUUCAAGGUGAGCUUGGACCCAGCCCAACAGAGUGGCUCCAAGUGUAUUCAGUUGAUUUGCUGGCUGGACGAUAAGCACUUGCCCUGCGUGCCUCCUGUGCUUGUAAUCGUGCCUAUGGACUAUCCGAAAGUUCCUCCUAAAUGUGUGCUCGCGUCUCACGAGUACGCGACACCUUAUUUGAGUGCAGUGCAAAACGCACUAGACGCUCGUCUUGCUAAAUUCCCAAAACGAUUUUCGAUAUCUCAGCUCUUGGAUACCUGGGAAACGAGUGUGCGCCAAGCAUGUAAUCCUAAAGCAUCGCAAGUUAUGAAAGAAAACGAAUCGACUGAUGCAGCGACAACUGUUCCUUCCAACACUGGAAGUGUCACGAAUAGCAUUUCUUCCAAUUUGAUCAGUACUGGCGCCUCAUGAACUGAUUAAACUUGUUAUUUUCGUUAUGAUUGGCCAAAAUUGUUAUAACUACAGUAUUCUUAUUUUCACUCAAAUUUGAUAUUGUACGUAUGAUGAAUUUUUCAAUUUUCAUCGUGAUAUUUAUGAAAUAUUUUCUUUUCUUUUUUUGAAUGUUUCCAUGUAGUGUAUUAAAUGACUUAUUUUCAAGAUUUAUGAACAAAUGUACGAUUAUUUUCAGUUUACAAACUUAUACUAGUUGAGAUUUAUUAGUGGUUAAAAAAAAUACAAUUAAUUAUUUUUUACAAACAAA